AUGAUUGCUCGUUUAGGAUUAUUAAAGAAGCCAACUUUAAACACCAUCUACAAUGCAUCUAAAUUACAAUCAUCAAGAUUAGCUUUAAUUAGAUCUAUUUCUACCAUUAAAGCUUCAAGUACUCAAGAACAAGAUAUCUUAGUAGCACAACGUAAGAACAGACCAAGUUCUCCACAUUUAACCAUCUAUGAACCACAAUUAACUUGGAUCAUGUCUUCAUUCCAUAGAAUUACUGGUGUUGCCAUGGCCGGUGCCUUUUAUGGUUUAACUUGUGCUUAUGCUGCCACUUCCAUUUUAAACAUCCCAUUUGAUUCCGGAAUGAUUGUUGGUGCUUUUGCUUCUUUACCAGUUAUUGUUAAAUUAGGUUUCAAGGCUGCUUGUGCUUAUCCAUUUGUUUAUCAUGUUGCUAAUGGUAUUAGACAUUUAAUUUGGGAUUUCGGUAGAGAAUUGACUCUUAAAGGUGUUUACAGAACUGGUUACGCUGUUUUGGCUGCCACUGCUGCCAUUGGUUCAUAUUUUGCCUUCUUAUGGUAA